AUUCAACCCACAAAAACAUUCACUGAAAUACCAAACUCAUUACUCUUCUUCCCCACUCCACCCUUUUCUCUCUUCCCCUUCUUUCUCUCUCUACAAUAUCUUUCUCUCUCUUAAUUUCCUUAACUUGGCAUUCAAAAUGCCAAGACCAGGUCCAAGACCUUAUGAGUGUGUUAGAAGAGCUUGGCAUAGUGAAAGACACCACCCCAUUAGAGGCUCCCUUAUUCAAGAAAUUUUCAGAAUUGCCAAUGAAAUUCAUUCACCAGCUACCAAAAAGAAGAAAGAAUGGCAAGAAAAACUCCCCAUUGUUGUUCUUAAAGCUGAAGAAAUUAUGUACUCCAAAGCUAAUUCCGAGGUUGAAUAUAUGGAUCUUAAAACUCUUCGAGAUCGAGUUAAUGAUGCAAUUAACACCAUUAUUCGCCGUGAAGAAGGGUCUGAAGAUACAGGGGAGUUUUUGCAGCCUUGCAUUGAAGCUGCUCUUCAUUUAGGUUGUUUUCCGAGAAGGGCUUCAAGGAGCCAAAGAAACAACAAUCAUGGAGGUUACUUAAGUGGAAAUCCGGAAUCAAAGAAUGUGACUGAGGGAAACCCCAAACCGAAUUCAUCCCUUACGCCUCAUUACUCAAACUUUUUUGGAAAGGAGCAAUGUUGCUUGAACAAUGAACCUUUCCUAUCUAGCCAAAUUGGUUUGCCUUGUCAAGGCUCGUUUUCAUCGCAACCGUAUGCUGUUUUUCCGCUCUAUUAUGGCUCAUGCUCUCAACCUAUCGAACCUCAACUAAUGAUCGGUGACCAUCCUUCAUUGAAAUCUAUUAGCAAUAGCUACCCUUUUUCGAGAAUACCUCAAAACUUUUGCUUGUUUGCUGAGGAAACUACCAAAAAUCGAAUAGACCCACCAAAAAGUCCCAUGAACCCGUCUCCAAAAGAGUGUGACUUAUCUCUUCGCUUGGGAUAUUCGUCAACGCAAAAGGAUGAAGACGAUACAAAAGCCAUGCGUUCUAAGAAGUCUAAAGAGACAUUUUCCUUGUAUCACGAAAGCGAUAGCGGCUCAAGCGAUGAUCUUUUGGAUAUAAAUUUGAUGGGUAAGAAGCGAAAGUCAGCUGAUCAAUCACAUCAUUCAUGGAAGCCAAAGUUCUUGGCAAAUUACUCGAAUGAAGGAACGAGUACUGCAGGUUAGUUAAGAGCUAUUGAUCCGCCUUUUGUAGAAGGAUAGAUGAUUGUGGGUUAGUAGGGUCGGAGUUUAAUGGUUGUGCUUGUAAAGUUCAUAGCUUAAUUUUGCGGAUUGCUCGUCUUGUUGGUUUGUUUCAGCUGUUUUAUUUCCUAAAAUGAGUUGUUUCUUGUGUAAUUUUUAGCUAUCAAGAGUUUUGUAGAUAACUGUUGUAUGACUCUUAUCAGAUGUGUUAAUUUCAGAAGCAUCAUUUUCUAUGAGGUGUUGAGGAGUUUGUGUCAUUUACCUUGAUGAUGUUGUGUUGUGUAAUGCUCUUUUUUGUGCAAUUAUGAGGUCCUUGUUUUUAGUCAAUUUUGAAGUAAUUAUAUAGUUCCACAUUACUGGCUAUAUUCCAAUAGUAACACUAUUUAUCUCUAA